GCAGUGCCUGUUUCAAAUUAUUUUAUGUACAUACAAUGAAAGCCAUGAAGCAUUUUGCAGAAUUGCAAGACAUGUAUGAAAUUCAUUCUCCAAAUUACAAUGCGAUUCUCCCAUCGGCUCUGUGUAGAAGAAUGCAGGCCUUGAAGUUUGAUAUUUUCUGGGUCACCUUUCUGCAUUCCAGCUCAUAUGGGGAAAAUUAAAAGGGGCACCUAAAAUAUCUCAAGGCCGGUGAAAGAGGCAUUGAGACUAAUCAAUAUGGCAGGGGUCAAUUUACGACGUGGAAAAGCACAUUGUCAGGUUCUCAUAACCCACCACAGUUUAUGGACCAUGGCUAAACCUCCUACUUUUGUGUUUUUAAAUAAAUUCUCCAGGAGCUGCUUGGAUUGAAGUUUGAAGAGGUACCCAAGGACCAAGCACCUGUCUGGAACGAUGACGUUCAAAUGUUCAGUGUGACAGACAAGGAGACGGGUCAGUUCAUGGGUUUCUUCUACCUAGAUCUGUUCCCAAGGGAAGGCAAGUUCAGCCACGCAGCCUGCUUUGGUCUUCAGCCUGGUUGCAUCGCUCCCGAUGGUACCCGUCAACCAGCCAUAGCGGCUAUGGUAGCGAACUUCACCAAAUCUACAUCCGAUUCCCCUUCAUUAUCCACCCACGAUGAGGUUGAGACAUUCUUUCACGAGUUUGGACACGUCAUGCAUGACAUUUUGGGACAGACCAAGCUCUGUUUCUUCAGCGGUACCAGGGUGGAACGUGACUUUGUGGAAGCCCCGUCCCAGAUGUUGGAGAACUGGUGCUGGCAGGCGGAGACCCUGGCACGGUUGUCCGGUCACUACAAGGAUGGCUCUGCCCUCCCUGCCGAGAUGGUGGACAAGCUGGUCAAGGCAAGGAACGCCAACGCCGGGGUCUUCAACCUCAGACAGAUCCUUCUCGGAACUUUUGAUCAAACGAUCCACACUCGAGAUGAGGCUGACACAGAGACUAUCUAUUCGGGUCUAUCAAAGCAGAUCCUUGGUAUCCCAGCCACUCAAGGAACCAACAUGUGUGCGGCCUUUGCUCAUCUAGCAGACGGUUAUGAUGCUCAGUACUAUGGAUAUCUGUGGAGUGAGGUGUACAGCAUGGACAUGUUCUGUUCUCGCUUCAAGAAGGAAGGGAUCAUGAGUGAGAAGGUCGGCAAGGAAUACCGCAAGUACAUCCUCCAGCCUGGUGGCUCCAUUGAUGCAAUGGACAUGCUGAAGAACUUCCUGGGUCGUGAACCCAGUCAAGAACCAUUCCUCAUCAGCAAAGGCCUGGAGGUUUAAUGUCAGUCUACAUUCUUAGAUAGACCAACAGCUGGACCCUAUGGUGGUACAAGACCAAUGUUAGACUAGGUACUUCACCACAAGAGAUGAAGUUGAGUUCUCAGAAAAGUAAAAUGCGACCAGGCAUGGCACCACCCACACAAAAAAAUGGCAGAAAUGACUUCAAUUAAUUAUGCCUACUGAAAGAGGAGAUUCUCGGCUUCAAAAUAAUAUAUAACUUUUGGAUGAUCAUAAUCCUUGUUACAAAGGGAAUAACAUUCACUAACAAUAAAUUGUUGCUUUUGAAGAGAAAACACGGAUUAAAGCUAAGUCUAUUGGAUUGCACUUAUACCCUCACUCUAUUGUUUAAAGGGGACAAAAAGAGGAUUGUUGGGGUUCAUUGGAAUUGACAUGAAAGGGGUCAUUAAAUUGGCUUCAAAGUUGUCACACCAAUUUGGCACAUCCUGUUCAUGAUAAUAGAGAAGAAUUAAUGCAAGAGCUUAUCCAGUUUUUAAUCCAUUGGUGUUCAAAAUAAGGAGAAUAAUUUAGUUUUCAUGAAGAAGAAAUUGCUACACCCCUCCCCCUAACAAACAACAUGAGUCUAAUUAAAACUGCAAAAAAAAUGUCUCUUAGGUUUGUUUGGUGCAUCAAUUUUUUGAUAGUGCUUAGAAAAAUCAGUGCACACUCUUUCAAGAAGUUACUAAGAACAGAAAUUUUGCCAUUCUGACCAAAACCACUCUUAAUGUCCUACAGAAAAUCACACUGCGACUUUUUUGGUUAUGCCAUUCCUGGUCACAAAUGUAAUCUGUAGGCUCUUUGUUUUUGUUUGUUUAAGAGACAAUCAUGGGAAAAAAAUUACUCCUCAAUAGUAUGGAUCUUCAAAUUCCAUUACAUACAAUAUAAGGCAAGCAUCACAAAAGGUUCUGGACCUUCAAUUCCAUGUUUAAUUAUGUAGUCCCAUGAAAUCAUUUCUGUGUAGAGUGUAUGUGACACUAGCUAAUUUCGUAUAAUUCAAGUAUUUGCGUACCAUUCUUGAAUGAUGCAUUAUCGUCCCUUUCUGAAACUCAACUUUAUCCCCAAGAUCUCCUUUCUCUGGAUUGUAUUGCUUAGAAUUCACAGAUGAUCUAUUCCAAAGAAUUCCUUGGGAAUCACAAAGACAAGCAAUGGGAUGUGAUGAUCUCCUUGACCCUAAGGUAUCGGAAUGGAUAAAUUGAGCCUUCCUUAUACAUUUUUACAAUAAAAUACAUUCAUAUUAUACUGACACGAUUUGUUUACACUAAUCAGCGUCAUUUGUAAAACCUACAUGUAAGACUAGAAUGCCAACGACCUAUAGCAUUUCAUAUUUGAAGAUGAAAUAGUAAUUGGCUGAUUUUUUUUUUUUUUAAAUUAGAGCAAGAAAAAACUAAAACAGGGUUAAAAGUUAAGAAAACUUCUCACAAUUUGUCAUUUGUGUAUACUGGAAAUACAAUCCCAGGGGAAGAGAUAUAAAUGUUGAAAUAGAUUUGAUAUAUAUGUAUAUAUUUGAAAGUGACUUAAUAUAGAUACAUCUUUUCCUUUAUAUUUUCUCUCACUUUUCUCCCUUUUUUCCGUGACUUGAUUAUCUCUGUGCCUGAUGCAUUUGUGUAAUGUACUUUACAUGUAUACGUUCUAUGCAAUUCAAAGCAAUGUUGUUUGGUAACUUAGAGGUAAAAGGACCGUCGGUUGAACAAUGUUGGUCUAUACAUAUUUUAUGGAGUUACACUAUCUGCCAAGUUAGCAAUAAAGUCUGCAUGUGUGAAAGUUGCCAUCAUUGUGCAUGACCAAUAACGCUGAUGAUGGAGGUCAUGUUCACAUUCACACAUGCUGUCUUCACAUUGCCCAAAUAGAGGUCACGUUCACAUUCACACAUGCCAACAAACUCAUGCUUCUUGGAUCAGAAGAACACCUAUAUGUGGGGACCAUCAGGGUUGUUCUCAUUUUCAGUCCUGGUGGGUGUUUCAUGAAAGUUGUCAGCACUGACUAAAUUGUCAGUGCUGACUAUUUUAUUUAAAUUCUUGGUUUUGAUUGGCUGAGUGACACUGGUCUGACUUUUACUAUGGUAACUGUUGGAGAAAGACAAAUCGUCAGUGCUGACAACUUUCAUAUAACGGUCCCCUGGGCCAAUUAACAUAAAGCUUGGUGAUCAAUCAUAGGGCUGUUUUCUAUGAUCGAUUGCAUUUAUUAUUGUGUAUUAUCAAUUGUGAAAGAAGGUCCGACUAUCGGUCGCUAAGCUUGAUGUUACGUGACCCUGUUGCUCUACUUACGGUUUUAUUUUAUUGUGAAAACUCCAAGGAAAGCGACUAAUAUCUGAAUACAAGAAAGGAUUUGAAAUACGAUAACUAAUUUCCUACUUAAUCGAGGUUAGAGUAGAAAGGUAGAUACCCCCAAUUCUUGAAUAUCCCUUUAAAAUAUCAAAUUUAGCAAUAGUUCAAUUUUCAAUAAUGUGAAUUUAGAACUGCAGACAAAGCCUUUCUCUUCAUUCAAGUUAUCACUUAUAUUUUCUCGUGUUUGCAUCUAAUGUUUUUGUCCGUCCAUCUCUCACUUUCACUCUCGCUCAUCAAUGAUUGCUAAAAGAUUGCGUCUUUGCCUCAAUUUUUCUAAUGAAUUUUCUAUCACACUACUCGGCUGUAUGUAAAUGUGUGCCUUUCAGUAGAAAUGGAGAGGCGGUUUUCAUUCGUCUUUUGUCGUACAGAUCGAUGUUUUUGAUUCAAUGUAUCCAUCACCCAAAGUUUCACGUUGAAAGAGCAUCUUGGUUUCAUUAUGUAAGCCUUUUGCUAUUCCAAGUUUGAUGUUUGUAAGAGUGUUGAAUUAUUCACCGUUUGAAAAUGGCAAGUUGCAAUAUUAUGUUCUGGUCAUAUAUCCAAUGUGAUGUUGAGUGGUGAAGUAGUGGCUGACAGCACAAAAGUGGUAUUUGAAUACAAAGUUGUCAUUUUAGGAAAUGUAUUCCCUUUGUGGGAUAAACAAGAGUCAGUGUGAGAAACAUGGGAAAUGUUCUAAAUAGUUUAAGGCAUCUUUAUGAUAUCGAUAAUGAUUAUGUUAAACAUUUCUGUGAUGUUAAAGACAAAUUAUCCAAGAGUAUCGGUAGGAUCUUGAAUUUUCUUUUGUUUGCAUAGUUGGUUAGCAUUACAAUAUAGGCUGAAAAGCAAAUGACAUAUUUUUCCUCAAAAUAGUCUUUGAAUCGGGUGUGAUGUAUUGACAAAUUUGUCUCAGACUCAUAGAUGUGAUAUGUGGUGUUGUGAUUUGUGAACUCCUUUUGAUAAAUGAAAACAUAAUCUGCCAUGAGUUUAUUUAAGGAUAUGAUAUCACUGCAGUGGAAAAGAAAUGUAUGUCUUGAAAUUUUGAUGCAUUUUCUCAGGAAUUGAAGAAACCAAGAUGUAUGCUCAAACUUUGAAGUCAUGAGUAGGAAGUGUGAAUUAAUUUUUUUGUUAAAAGUUAUGUUUUGUUGAAAAUUAGAAAUUGUUUGAAAAAUCUAUUCUGUCUUUCACUAUUAAAGCAUUUUGAAAAUGUCUGAAGAUGAA